GCAUGCAUGAGUCGAUGAAACUAUUUGACUCCAUCUGUAACAACAAGUGGUUUACAGAGACCUCUAUCAUCCUUUUCUUGAACAAGAAGGAUCUCUUUGAGGAGAAAAUUCAGAAGUCACCGCUUACCAUCUGUUUCCCAGAAUACACAGGAUCCAACACCUAUGAAGAGGCAGCUGCCUACAUCCAGAUGCAAUUUGAGGACCUCAACAAGCGCAAGGACCAGAAAGAGAUCUACACACACUUCACCUGUGCCACAGACACCAACAACAUCCAGUUUGUCUUUGAUGCCGUCACCGAUGUCAUCAUCAAGAACAACCUCAAAGACUGCGGUCUCUUCUAGACCAGGCUGUCGGCGGAUAAAGUGUGGUUCAUAGCAAUUGUUAGGUAUCCUUUGGCGUUUAUUUUCAAAUUGGAACGACGGUGAUGUUGAUUGAUUGGGGAAGCGUGACUUGAAGUGAGCGGCGGCGUGAGAAACGUUGGAGGAGUCGCACCUGUGGUUCCAGUGAUGGAAACAAAGCGACAAAAAAAAAUUGUCUGCUAACUUCAGCAACUGCUGAUAUAUAUAAUGCAGCAUCAGAACUUUUAUCUCUUUAGCCGUUUCCUGUGUGGGAGCAGUGCACCGGGAUUUGUUUUUGUGUCUAAUUUGUGUAGUCAUGAUAACCAAUGCUAGGCACGGGGAAAAAAAAAGAAAACUCGUCAAAAAGCUUGCUCCGUUCUUAUUGAAAAAUGAAAUUCUUAUGAAUCAAUUUAUAAUCUGCCGUUUUCUCAGAUGAAUUAUGUUAUAAUAAUAAGUCUUGGAUUGUGGAUCUUAGGGGAGUCACGAAGCGAUGCAAUUAUUAUUAUUGGUGUUACGAUAGGACUAAAAUCUUGAGUACCAAGGAUAUAACAAUCCUAAAUAAUUUAUGCACAAAUGUAAUUAACCUUAUGAAAUAAAAGUUUCAUAACCUUUCAUGUUGCUAUUGAUACCAAUAUAUUAUUUAUUUAUUUUCAAUCAAAAUUCCAAUAUCAUGAGGAAUGAAGAUUUUCAGUAAGAUUUUAGUUUUAAAAAAAGACAAUGAAAUGAAUCUCAUAGUAUCGUUAACUUGUUAUAUUUGAUUCAAUUCCUUCUUUUAUGAACAGUUGCUUGUAUACUACGCCGCAUAUUAAUUUAAAAGGGAGGCAUGUCGAAUUUCCCAUAUUACUAAUAUUGUGCAAGAACUUUGUAAAUUAAAACACAUUGCCAUUUCUUUUCUUUUUCAUCAUAUUUUACUUUGUAUUGUUGUCAAUCUUUUUUUUGUAAAGUUGUGAAGGUGGUAUUAAUUAGCACUUUAGGUACUAAAUGAAAAAAAAAGUUUGGCAGACAUCUAAAGAAAUCACUGGGCCAAAUUCAUAAGAUGAACUUAUCAUCUACGUGUGACACAUUCAUUUCAUUUUUUCUCUUCCUAUAAAAAACAAAAAAAGAAAAUAUAUGGAUGAUCUUGUGUUUUAGUGAAUUUUAUAAUGGCUUUUUAUGUACAAAGUAAGAUCUUUAAUAACUGUAUUUCCCUUAUGCUUUUUUUUGUGAGUAUCCUUAUGAGAAAAAUGGCAAAAAAAAUGACAAAAAAAAGAUAUUGCAGAAACGUGUCUGUCGUAGUGUAAGUAUCCAUAUCUAUAAUAUACAUGUAUAUGUAGAAAGGAAUAUGUGCAAGAACUAUAAAUUGGGACUUUUUGAUAAUGAUCAAUGUUAACCUUUCACUUGUAUCUUUUGGAUACGAUUCUUUUUUCUUGUUUAACGCUCAUGUGAUGUGGUAUCAUUAUUGUAUUAAAAAAAUGUCCAUUUAUUCUUGUCUUGGGAUACUAGUAGGUUGUACCUCAUCCAUGAAUCCAAACUGAUUAAAUUUCUCCUGUAAGGAACACCUCUUUUAGGUAGGAGGAGUUUUACUAUAUAGUGUAGUUUGUAUUAUAAUGUAUAGAUCUUUGAGACGGUGGCUUGCGGAACCAGAGACCUCCCCGAGUAGCACUUGUUUGAUUGUUUUAUGGUGUAGACUCUAGGUGAUCUACAUGUAAGCCACUCCCACAACCCGUUCGAUACCGGGACCCGUCGAACCGUGUGUGCAGUCAACUGGAAAGGGAUUAUCCUGUAUGGAACGGGUUAACGUCUCCAAGAGAAUGAGAGAGCGAGAGAGAGUUGGCUUUUGUUUUUACUGUCCAUAUUUGAACCGAUAACAAUACUGUGCCUUUAAGCACAAAGAUACAGCAGUCAUCGCUGCUGUACCGAUGAACAGAACAAUCAUGGAGUGAGUGAUGUGAAGGUAUUGUGUCGUGUCUUUGGUUUUACCUCGUAUUGCAAGAGGUUAUUUGUCAUGACUGAUUCAUGCUUACUUUGGUAGUAUUCUAACUUCCCAUCAUGAAGAGGGAAAAAAAAAACACACAAUGUAGUUCUCACUAGCAAGCAAGAAUAUAGUAUUUUCAUAUUUUCAAAUUUUGCACCAAGUGGGAAGGACUCCCACAUGUUUGUCUUUAUAUGUAUCUUUAUGUAUUGAGUAUGCAUUUGCUGUAUAUCCCAGCAUAUCUGUAAAACAUACAAAUUGUGAUCUAUCAUUUUAAUUGUAUCAUCAGUACGCAAUCAGUUUACUAAGUAGGGGACAAGGAAGGUUGUAUUUCAAGUGACGAGUUAGACGCAUGAUUGGUGACACGUUCAUCUCACACCAACAAAAUCUGCCGCAUAGAGGACACAUUUUCCCCAUUAUCCUCUAUUGUAAAUACCAAUAUCCUGAUAAAAAAACAAAACAGAAUUGACUUUGAAUUGAGAGCCUGUGUGUAAAAAAUAUUCAUGUAAAUUUGGAUGCGAAUAAGCAGUAGUGUAAGUUCACAUAUGCACAUUUGGAGUGACAGCUCACAUAUUUUCUGUCUUCAGGGAACGUUCUCUUUUCACCCCCCCCCCUUUCUUUGGUAACUCUCCCCCCCCCCUCUGUCUUUGGUAGCUUGUUGACGGUGUUUAUAUCUGUAUCAUUGUCAAUACUGUAAUGUCAUUGGUACAUGUAGAAAUUUGGAGGUGACUGACGUUCCGAUUAUACGUGUAUGCGUAGUGUAUGGGCUUGACGGGAUAAUGAGGGCGACUCUGUGUUUCCGCCCCGAGUGAUAUAUCAUUUUUGUAUACUGUUAAGAUUAGCCCUGUGCCAUGCUGACAUGGAAUUGAAAAUACCCACCCUUAAUUGCUGUCAUUUUUUUUUUGGUAAGAAAUACUGGCGUUAGAAGCAGAAGCUGUUGCUUCAAUGUUGCAUCACAUGCCAAAAUAAAAGGAUGUGAAGAAAUAAGUUGAGUUCAUUUUCAUUCUGGUGUAAUAGAUUAACACAACAUAUUAUAUAUUUUAAAUCUGGCUCAUUAAUUUUUUCCCUCCAUUUUCAGGUACAAUAGUGAAUGUUACCGAGUAUAUGAAGAGAAAAAUUUAAAUAACUUAAUAUGCACAUACUUCGUCGACUACCCUGAAAUGUAGUUGUUUAAAACCUUUGUGUGCAUCUGUAAGAUCAAUAGUUUUUGCUGGGUGUAAUAUGCCCAAUGUACAAAUACUUUUGUAUGCCUUUGCCCUGAAGAACAAUCAGAAGUGUCGGUUUGUGCACAGAACUACUGCUCUUUCAUACUUGCGAAACUAGAUGCAGUCUCUCUGUUCAUUAUUUUUAUUUUGUAGUCUGGAUGGGGUCAGAUUUCGCAAGUGUGUCUGACAGGAAAUCCCCGUAAGAAUUUCUUUUCUUCAAAUUUUGUGUUUUCUGUUUCAAGAAUAUACAAAACAAGUGGUGAGUAAGAAAUGCAAUGAUAAUGAUCAUCUUUGAAUGUAACUUUAUUAAUGAAUUGAAAAACAAAAGAUGAUUAUGAUGUAUAAUCUGUAGACCAGUUACUUUAUGUGUGUGUGUGCGUGAUGGUUAAAUGCACUCUACCUUCACACUUAUUGGUACCUGGUUACGUUUCAUCUGUACAGUGUUUUAUUUAGUAAGUUGACUCAUGACAGCUUUUUUUUUUUGUUCAAAAAUUGUGAAUUGUACUCUUGUUAAUAUGAAGUCUUUAUUGCCUAAGUGUGGAGCAAAUUAAAAAAGAAAGAAGAAAUAACUCUUUUCAAGUUGAUGUAAACAAAUAUUUUGGUAGUGAAGAAAAAAAGAAAACAUUGCCUGAAAGUUGCCAUGUGGAAGAGAUAGGGCAGUGGUAAUGUUCGAAUCAAUUUAUUGGAGUGGCAACCUGUGAAACGGUUGUCAGCGUUGGGUUACUACUGACUGCCUUAAGAUCUUGGCAAAGACGCUGUGUAAGAUAUAAUGUGGCAUUGUCCCUGUAACUUUUUGUGUUUCCUGUGACAGUAGUAGUGAUGAUAUAGCUGAGGUCAGAAAUACAAUUAAUGUUGUUCCACAAAAUA